AAAUGGAAUAUGAUCUCCCAGCUGUUGUCAAAUGUCAGUUUGGUCCUGUGUGGGGUGUUUUCCCCCCUCCCCCAGGUGGAAUAGGGGAGGGCCCUCUGGCCUCUCGAGGACAUGCGGGUGGGGAUGGCGGAGGGACUGGAGUCCAAGAAGCUGCCCUCCUCCCUGCUGGCCACAGCCGCUGGCUGGGCCCAAGCCCUCUGCCGGGCCUUGGUGUGUUUUUGGAGCAACCAGUAUGCCUGGCUUCUGGGGGUCCCUUGUCUCCGGCGGGCUUACCACCUGUGGCUGGCAGCCGUCGUCAUUUUUGGGCCCCUGCUUCAGUUCUACGUCAACCCGCGGGCAAUCUUUGCCAACCACCAUAACUUCUUCAACAUCAAGUUUGUCAGAUCCGCCUGGGGCUGGACAUGCAUUUUCUUGGGUGGCUUUAUGCUGCUGGUUGUGUAUCUGGCCACUCGCAAAAUCCUGCUCACCAUCCGCCAUCUUGCCCGCCUGGCAGUGGGGGCUGGCCUUUGGCUCGGUGCCACAGAGACCUUCCUGCUGAUCGAGAACCUCACCGGCUACUGCUUUGACCCUGUGCCCGAGGGCAUCCUGGUGAACAACCUCCCGGACAAGUGGACGUGUCUCCAUAAAGGCCACCAGUGGCACGGUUAUGACGUCUCCGGCCACACGUUCCUCCUCACCUUCUGUUGCCUCCUCAUGGUGGAAGAGACCUCCGUCUUCCGGCGCUACCUGGCCCAGGGGCACCCGGCUGGGGUCCCUUUGCGCCUCAUCUUCCUCCUCAACGUCGUCCUCCUCGCCCUGUGGAACUUCCUGCUGGCCUGCACUGUUGUGUAUCUCUACGAAUACAGCCACAAGGUGGUGGGAGCCGCCAUCGCCACCCUUUGUUGGUACCUCACUUACCGCGUCUGGUACCGGUGCCAGUGGUCGCCAGGGAGGCCUGGAACGGGCCUGUUCCUCAAAGGAGCCCCGGGGGAGGCCAAGAAACGAAACUGACUGUGUCUCGACAGGCCCACACGCCGGAGGAGUUCCACAGCCCCUGCGAGACGAAUAAAGACCGGACCCUUUCAGCCGCUGACUCCGCCACCAUGUGCCUGUGUGGUUUCUUGGGGUGAGGGGAGACCUUGGCCCUAACCGGACAACUAGAGCACCUAAAAUGGGGCCAGAAGCCCUGCCCCUCCCUGUCCGUCAGUGUUCCACUCCUGGCUCCUGCGCCUCUCGCUGAAGCCCUUUCUGGAACAACGGUGGCUUUUGCCUCUUCCUCCAAACGCCACUCUAACCAUGAGUGGGGUGGGACUUCCAUUUUGGGCAGCCUGGUGGUGUAGAGUGCCUUUUUGUAUAAUGCCUUUAGAGAGCUCUUGACAUCUAGAUAAUUAUGUGGCCGUUUGGACGUGGAGUGAUGUGCAGGCUUCAAGUCUGAGGCCUCGGUCUCUGCUGAGCUGGCCAACUUCUUUCUCGGCAAGACCACUCUUAACUGUAGGUGGGGUGUUCAUGUGCAAGAGAGCUUCUCCACAAAGAACUAACUGCCCUUAGAAAAUGAGUGGAUGGAGAAUCUAAAGUGGACUCUCUCCCUCUCAUGCUAACUUUCUAGGGGCUCUUUUUUAGCACUUAGUUACACUAGCUGUACCCUGACAUUUUGCAGUUGACGUGUUUUUUUAAAUGUAAAUUGCUUUGAGAA